GACCCCAGUCACCGAGCGACACAUUGACCACAGGUCCUCGCGCGCCGUGUUGGGUGGGCACGAUCGCCAGUUCCCUCUGCUCCAGGCCUAUCGGCAACCCCAGCCCCAAAAAGUGAUAAAAUGACUCUCGCAGCGUACAAGGAGAAGAUGAAAGAGCUCCCCCUGGUGUCUCUCUUCUGUUCCUGCUUCCUCGCUGACCCGCUCAGCAAGGCCGCGUACAAACAGGAGGCGGACACCGUGGAUCUCGCCUGGUGCGUCAUCCCGGACAUGGAGGUCAUCGAGCUGAACAAGAGAGCAUCGGGCGAGUCCUUCGAGGUCAUCCUGAAGCCCCCCUCCUCCGACGGGGUCCCCGAGUUCUACGCUUCCGUGCCCCGGCGCCGCGACCCCUCCCUCGAGGAGAUCCAGAAGAAGCUGGAGGCGGCCGAGGAGCGGAGAAAGGGCCAGGAGGCCGAGCUGCUGAAGCAGCUGGCCGGGAAGCGGGAGCACGAGCGGGAAGUGUUGCAGAAGGCCAUCGAAGACAACAACAAUUUCAUCCGUGCGGCCCAGCAGCGCCUGGCUCACAGGAUGGAGACCAACAAGGAGAACCGCGAGGCCCACCUGGCCGCCAUGCUGGAGCGGCUCCAGGAGAAGGGGCCGCCAGCCGCUCGGUGACACACCGGAAUGGGUCGGUGGCCUCGUCCCAUGGACAAGCGCGCGGAGGAGGUGCGGAAAAACAAGGAGCUGAAGGAAGAGGCGUCCAGAUAAGGGCCCCGGACGCGGCCGGAAGCUUUGGACGGUCCGGCAGGCCCGGCCAGGCCGGCGGCGGCGGUGGCGGCGGCAGUGAGGGAGGCGUCGUCGGCAGCUGCCCCAGCCAGGCCGGGGACCGAAGGGGCCGGGCCGAGCCGGGCCAGCGCUGUCUCUGUUGUGCUGUGAAGGAGCCAUCAUGGUGCAGUGUUCAGUGUGCAGUGG